AUGCGAUCAGAUGCUUUCUAUGGCAUUCCAUAUUUUAUGAUUGUUAUUCACAUUGUUACACAUUUUUCAUUUCAUCUGAGGGGGGCUGCAGUUCUUCAGUCCAAUAGCACAGGCUACCCCCUGGGCUACACAGAUACUUUUCCACUUGUUGGAUUGCUAUACCAGCCUCGUUUGCAUGAGAUUAACCUUCUUGUCAGAUUAAUCAUCAAUACUAGAAGUCAUGGCACAUUGCUUGCUCAAAACAACACUGCAUUUCCAGCUUAUGAAAUCUCAGGAGGUUUAACACUAUUACUGGCCACUGUGAUGAUCUUCACAACCACCAUGGACAUCUUUGGGAACAUACUAGUGGUUCUGUCUGUGUUUCAAAACAAAAAACUCAGGAAUGCUGGUAAUAUGUUUGUUAUUAGUCUGUCUGCAGCAGAUGUUCUUGGUGCUGUUUAUCCAUACCCUUUGCUUAUCAGAUCUAUUUUACAAAACCAGUUUCAGUUUGGAGAAAUGCAAUGCCAGAUUGCAGCUUUCAUUCAUGGAUUAAGUUUUAAUGCUUCUGUUUACAACAUUAUGGCAAUAGCAAUCAAUCGUUGGUGCUGCAUUUGUCUUGCGAUGAAAUAUGAGCAGAUAUUCACCAUGAAGAACACGUACUGCUAUAUAUUCCUGACAUGGACAAUUAGCUUUAUUUUAAUUAUACCAGAUUCCUUAGUGGGGGCUUUGCAAUAUAAUCCACACGUAUACAUGUGUACCCUCCAAUUCACUGCAAAUGAAGCAUUAACUAUUGGUGUUUCAGUCUUUCAUUUCAUUUUGCCAGUUAGUGUUGUAAUACUGUGCUAUGCAAGUAUCUGGAUUAUGGUCAUAAUGGUCAAGUACAGAAUUAAAAAAGAUAGCAAGCAAAUUCUCAAUCCCACAGAUAUGAGACAUUUUUUGACAAUGUUUGUAGUGUUUGUUCUUUUUGCCAUUUGCUGGGCACCAUUCAGUAUUCCUGCUUUGAUAGCAGGUUUCAGCCCCCCUGGAAAGGCACCCAAUUUUCCAGAUUGGUUGUUUGUUCUUGGCUACUUUAGUGCAUGCUUCAACAGCUGCCUUAAUGGUAUUGUUUAUGGAGUCUUUAAUAAGAAUUUUCAGCAAGAAUAUAAACGUAUACUGCACACAAUGUUAACAUUUAUAAUGGGAGGCAUAAAGUGA